GCGGGAGGAGCGCGUCGCUAUGACGUCGGCGUUGACGCAGGGGCUGGAGCGGCUCCCGGCUCAGGCCGGGUACCUCGUCAUCAGCGACGGCGCCGUGCUGGCGUCCUCGGGGGACCUGGAGAACGACGAGCACACGGCCACCGUCCUGCAGGCUUUGGUGGCCACGGCUUUGGGCCUUCGCUUGCCCAGGGGCCACGAGCCGCCCUUCCGGCGCCUCUCGGUGGUGUUUGGCGAGCACUCUCUCCUCGUCACCGUCUCGGGACAGAAACUCUUCGUGGUCAAGCGCCACCACCACGUCCAGGAGCCGGUGGCCGUGUGAAAAAUGUCCCCAAAUCGUCCCCAAAUCGUCCCCAAACCCCCCCUCCCCCGCGCGGGGACAAUAAACGACGUCCGAGGGCA